AUGUAUAUCAUCAUGUUUCCCCUACUCUUGGUGUGUGCCCUGCUAGCACAGCAGACCCUAGCAUUCCCUAGUCAGCAUAGGGCCAACGAGAAACCCUUGCCAGGUCUCCUCCGUGCUGGCAGGGACUCUCGCAGUGGGAGCUAUAAGAUCCCCAGCGCUGUACAAAAUGGAACUAGCAAGGCUCAGUUUGACAUCUCAACACCAGCAACCACUCUUAAUAUAGAGAGCCUCUUCCGAUUAGAUGCACCUCAGGUAGAUCUAAUCAAUAGCUCCUUGUUUGACUGGUGGUAUUUCGAUGCCGUCUCGGAAACCAACCCAGAUGAUUCCCUAGUCGUCACGUUCUUCUCCUCGUCUGCGGAAGCAUUUCCAUUCCUUACCCCGAAUGAAACCUCCGUGCUUAAUGUUUGGUUAUGGGCUUCGUUUGCCAACGGCGCCGUCUUUUCCAACUCGGUCCCGGCAACUGUGGCAACGGUGACUGGCGCAGACGGCGCCGGCACUAAUAGCUCUGGCGAGUGGUCCUCCACAGGGUUUAGCUGGGCUGCUCUCACAGAAGAUCUAUAUCAGUAUGAGAUUAUCAUCUCAUCUGAGGAGCUCCAGGUCGAAGGGCGACUUACCCUGACUUCCCAAGUACCGCGUCAUCUACCCUGUGGGGUUCAAGCGGAACGGACUGCACUUGAGAUUGCGCCUCAUAUUGGAUGGGUUAAUCUUGUACCCGACGCCGUGGGUGAGGUCGACAUGAAGAUCCAUGGAUCGGCGCUGAAGUUCCGAGGACCUGGUUACCAUGACAAAAAUUGGUCCGAUAGACCUUUUGCGGACUCUGUCCAAAGCUGGUACUGGGGCCACGGCCGUCUUGGGCCAUACUCGAUUGUAUGGUUCAGUUACCUCGCCAUUGACGACCCAACUAACACCACAUAUGUGAGCAGCUACGUUGCCAAAGACGGAGAGCUGCUCAUAUCGGCCUGUGGCCCCUCUAUCCUCACUGUGAGACCGAUCGGUAGUCCGGGAACUACUGGUGGGCGAUAUCCGCCUCGCAUGGGUGAUAUACCGGAAGGAUUCAGAUUAGAAUAUGAUCUCGGAGAGACAAAUGGGCGGUUGAAAGUUAAUAUCUCGGUGCGAACGGUGGUCGCGGAGAGUGGAAAAAAUUAUAUGCGAUGGACAGGAGAUAUGGUUGGGGAGGUAAUUGAGUCUGAGAGCCAACAAUCACAAGAGGACGGUGGUGGUGGUGGUGGUAGUGGCUCAAAAAGAGAAAUGAGAGAACAUGACGCACAGUCGUCUUCUUCUUCAUCUCUCGUUGGUGUUGCGGUUUUGGAGCAAUUUGUCAUGGUGGAAUAG